AUUCAUUGAACGCGCCUUUUCAUUCCUACCCGGCAUCUGGAAGAAACAGAACUGUUGCAAAAAAAAGUCGACGCAGCAGACGAAAGUGCGUGAAGUCGAAUCGUGCAUCGGAAAAGCGCUUUGGUUCAUAAUAGGUGUUUGUUUAUGCAUUAAUAAUUUGUUGAAUUUGGAUACCAAUAGUGGAAUACGUGGAAGUUUCUGUUACUUAGCUUGUUGGAUAGUUUGCAAUUUUUUCUGUGUGUUUGGAAAGUAGAAUUACAGUAUAUACACUAUUGAUAUGGAAUCCAAAGGUAAAAGAGGGCGCGCAGCUAAAAAAGUUGCUGCCGAAGCAGAGGUUUCAGCCGAAACGAAUAAUGUUGAGCAUGAACCACUGAAAAAUGGAGGUGCCAAGAAAAAGGCGGCAAAGGGAAAGCUCGCAAAAGAAGUUCAUGUUGUUGAACCCGUAGAUCUGCUGGAGCAACCACAAGAAGAAAAGAAAAAACCUGGACGUAAAGCCAAAACUGCCCCAGCUGAAACAGAUCCACUAGAUGUUGCACCAGUAGAAUCUGAGGAGCCAGCCAAAGGCCGUAAAGGUCGGAAACCGACAGCAGUUAAGGAAGAUACACCAAUUGAAGAACCGCCAGCGAAGAAGGGAAGAGGGCGGAAACCUGCCGCGAAAGAAUCCGAAGACACAGAUCAAGUUCCUGAAGUUUCAAGCAAAAAAGGAAAAUCGGUAGAAAAUGGCAUCGUCUCUCCCGCUAAACAGGCAACAACUUCCAAAGCCAAGGGUAGGGGUAAAGCUGCGAAGGAAGUUGUUGAACCGGAACCCGAGCAAGAGACCGUAGCACCAGCACCGGCUAAACGUGGACGCGGCAAAGCGAGGGUGGAAUCCAAAGAAGAAGAUGUAGAACCAUCACCAGUAAAGAAAACAAAACAGACACCCAAAGAGUCCCCUGCGAAGAAAACGAGCCCAAAGAAACAAGCAGCAGUCGUUGAAGAACCAGAGAACGAGGAAUUAGAAGAAUCUGCCCCAGCUCCCAAAGCGGGAGGACGAGGACGCAAGAAAGCUGCUCCAGCUGUUGAAAAACCAGUAUCGCCAGCAGCAGCUCCAAUGAAGCGGGGACGUGGCAGAAAGGCAGCGGCUGAUCCAGAGGUCAAUGGAGCCGGCAAAAAGGUCCCAAAAAAGUCAAGCAAAAAGACAAUUCCGGAAAAUGAGGAACCAGAUGAACCGGACGUACCGCUAAACGGAGUAACUCAACGUAAGAAGAAGAAAACUGAAGAUGUUGAACCAACCCUGGAAGAAUCGACGGCGAAGAAAUCGAAAGCAGCGAAGAAACCGGCUGCCGUUAAGGUCAACAAAUCCGCUACCGAUUAUCCUAAGUUGAGCUUCGAGUUAGAAGGAAAAGAUUUCAACUAUAAAAUUUCUAGUUGGAAUGUUGCCGGCCUGCGCGGAUGGGUCGAGAAAGGAGGACUGCAAUACGUUGAGCACGAAAUGCCGGAUAUUCUUUGCCUUCAGGAAACCAAAUGUACCGAAGAUCAGCUGCCGGAUGAAGCGCGUCACAUCAAGGGUUACCUUCCGUACUGGUUGUGCAAACCGGGUGGUUACGCAGGUGUGGCAAUCUAUUCGAAAAAGAUGCCCAUUAACGUAGUGUACGGUUUGGGGGACGAUGAGCAGGAUGCGGAUGGCCGAUUACUAACAGCUGAAUAUGAGAAAUUUUAUCUAAUCUGCGUAUAUGUGCCGAAUGCUGGGCGCAAGCUCGUCACUUUACCGAAACGUUUGCGGUGGAAUGAAAAAUUCCACCAAUAUCUGAAGGAUUUGGACUCGAAAAAACCAGUAAUUAUCUGUGGAGAUAUGAAUGUCGCUCACGAGGAAAUUGACUUGGCUAAUCCUAAAACCAACAAGAAAAAUGCCGGUUUUACACAAGAGGAAAGAGAUGGUAUGACAUCGCUGCUAUCGAUGGGUUUCGUUGACACCUUCCGGCGGUUGUAUCCUGAUCAGAAGAGCGCGUAUACCUUCUGGACUUAUAUGGGUAACGCAAGGGCAAAAAAUGUCGGCUGGCGAUUGGAUUAUUUCAUCGCCUCGGAACGCCUCCAAGGUAAAAUAGUGGACAAUGUUAUCCGCACGGGUGUGUACGGGAGUGAUCACUGUCCAAUAACGCUAUUUCUGAGUCUCUAAGCUGCUCGCACCGUACACAAUCCAGUCUUUUGUGUAUAAGUUUCGUUUUUCGGUUUGUUACAAGUAUCACAUGGCCUUAGUUAAAAAACCUCGAUAAUGGCAUUAGAUUCCAAUUAGGGUUUGAUUUGUUCAGAAACGGUUUUAAAGACUCCUUGUUUAAUUUAAUCCCAAGUUUUAGAAAACUGAUCAGUGAACAAUGGAUAUAAAAUAUUGAAAUAAACGUGUGUAUCCUCA